GACUCCCGGGUGCCCCCGACGUGCCCGAGUUGGGGGUGCAGCCGGGGCCGCAGAGGCUGCUAGGAGCCGCGUAAACAGAAACCGACCGUUCUAGCCCCUGCUGAGUGCGGGGAAGACUACGCAUCAGGGCGAUGGGAUGAACUUGAGGUUCAGGGAGAUCGAGUCAUUUGUCUGAAGACGUACAGACCAAGUUCCUCCUACACUGGCUGUAAUAAACUCCGGACUGCAGGAUGUGGUCUAGUCUGAACGAGUGGCUGUGGCAGGACCGCUUCUGGCUACCUCCCAAUAACUCAUGGGCUGACCUAGAGGACCGGGACGGCCUGGUCUAUGCCCACCCCCAGGACUUGCUGGCAGCCUUGCCCCUGGCACUGGUCCUGGUAGCCAUGCGCUUCACCUUCGAGAGACUCAUCGGCCUGCCCUUGAGCCGGUGGCUGGGUGUGCGGCAUCAGUCCAGGAGGCCAGUAGAACCCAACGCCACACUGGAGAAACACUUCCUCAUGGAAGGAUGGAGACCCGACAAGCCUCGGAUGGCUGUCCUGGCCACACAGUGUGGCCUCACGCUUCGGCAGACCCAACGCUGGUUCCGAAAACGCCGAAACCAGGACCGGCCUUGCCUGACCAAGAAGUUCUGCGAAGCCAGCUGGAGGUUUCUCUUCUAUCUGUGCUCCUUCAUUGGUGGCCUCUCCGUCCUCUACCACGAGUCAUGGCUGUGGAGGCCAGCAAUGUGCUGGGACAAUUACCCAAACCAGCCCCUGAAGCCAGCCCUGUACUGUUGGUACCUCCUCGAGCUGAGUUUCUACAUCUCACUGCUGAUGACACUGCCCUUCGACAUCAGGCGCAAGGAUUUCAAGGAACAGGUGGCGCACCACCUCGUGACCAUCAUCCUCAUCACCUUCUCCUACAGCGCGAACCUGCUGCGCAUUGGCUCUCUGGUGCUGCUGCUGCAUGACUCCGCUGACUACCUGCUGGAGGCCUGUAAGAUGUUCAACUACACGCACCAGCGGCGAGUGUGCAACUCUCUCUUCCUCAUCUUCUCCUUGGUCUUCUUCUACACUCGCCUUGUGAUCUUCCCCACCCAGAUCCUCUAUACCACAUACUACGAGUCCAUUGCCAACUCGGGCCCCUUCUUCGGCUAUUACUUCUUCAACUCGCUUCUGGUGAUACUGCAGCUGCUGCAUGUGUUCUGGUCUUGCCUCAUCCUUCGUAUGAUCCACAGCUUCAUAAAGAAAGGCCAGAUGGAGAAGGACAUUCGCAGUGAUGUGGAGGAGUCGGCCUCAAGCGAAGGGGAGGAGCUUCCGCAGCUCAAGAAUGGAGCAGCUCAAGGCCCCCCGGCAGUCCCCACUGAUGGCCCUCGGAGCCGGGCAGCGGGGCGGCUGGCCAAUGGGCACAUGUUGGCCUCCUAGCUGGCUGAGGAUUGGCGUGAGGGCUGCCCCAGUGCCUUGGAUUUGUGGGGUGCCUGGACUGGUGGCCUUUGGGCCAGCUCUGUGGAGACAGAGAGGGCCCCACCCAGGGUGGGAGGAGGACUGAUGAUCUGUCUCCAGCCCCUUCCUUCUGCCUCCCCUCCCACCUCCCCUCAGGCCACUAGACAGAGCUGGGGGUGGGCAGCAGCAGGGUGCUGCAGCCCACCAGAGCCAUCCCCAGGCAGUAAGGCGUACAAUAAAACUUGAACAGAGCCAAA